AUGUCGGACAUGCCAGGCUACCAGCUCUUGGAGCAAUCAGACUUCUUUCGUGGAAUCACGUUUAGCGAACCCAACGGGCCCUACAAAUCCAGUCGUCAAGUAGCUCGAAUUCGCGCCGGCACUGUCUUCUCGAUCCAACCGUGCCAGCAUAAUUCAACCGAGGAGUUCUAUCCUGUCAACGAGGUCGAUGCGCGGUAUAUCCAUAUGGGAUGGCCAGCUCCGAGCGAACUACCAGCUCGGCCAUGGGGUGUGAUCUACCAAGAGCCCAAGGCGAACCCGGGUAACUGGGUGUCUCGGCGAAUGGUAGUCCAUCGCUGGACGGUCAGUCUUCGUGCACAAGACCUAGAACCAGCGAAGGAGUUUGUGACAGACGUGGAAAAUGCGUUAAAGGCAUCCGGGUCCACGGGUCAGAUGGAGGCCCUUCGAAGUGUCUUCGCAGCAUGGGGAGAAAUGGUUCCUACUGUUGCCGUAGGCGGAGCCUCGCUGGCUACGACUGGCGUCCUUGGGUCGAAGCAGACCCUCGCAGGAGAUGCAGCGACAUUCCGACCGCCUGAUCGGGGCCCAGACGUCAUGCAGGCGAUCGACCGCAGCUUGGAUAUCACUGGCAAUUUUGAGAGACGAUUCGAGUCAAGGAUUCAAGGCGGUCGUCCAGAAAUCUUUUCCAAGUCGGGGUUCAAUAACUGGUUAACUGACCUUGUCAAGAAUGAAAGCUCUUCGUGUUGGCGAGUUGUCAAAGUAAACCAAGGAAUACCGGUCACCGAUCUUUUGUCGAAGGUGCUCCGACAGAAAAUCAAUCGGCUGUUCUCCUAUGGAAGUGUCAUUACUCGCUCUAUAGCGGCAGGCGGAAAUCUUCCUCUUGGAUUCGAUUGCACUUCCGGCAGAGUGAAAGAUAUCAAGCAGAUCAAUGUUUGGUACAAUGCAGACGGCAUGAAGGACAUCUCGGUCACUUACGUGGAUGGCGCCGAGGCUGGACCGUAUGGGUUUGGGAAGGCGCCAGCCAACAAGCCAACUGACAGCUUUGUGCUCGCACCAGGCGAAUUUAUUACGCACGUUUUCGUGUGGAAUUAUAACGCCUGGAUCAAGACUAUCCAAUUCGUCAAAAACACAUACGAGGUUUCCCAUCGCUACGGGGACUUAACUGACACAGGUACUCCUAUGGCUUGGAACGAGGGUGGUUGCGCACUAGCAGGAUUUGCCGGUAGCUAUGAUGUCAAUUGGCUGACACAACUCCAGGCAGUCUGGCGUCACGACAUCAAAGCCGAAGACAAUCGAAACAUUGAGCUACAGAUUGUCUCUGGUGGCACUGGAACCAUCUUCAAUGACUUCCGGUACCUAGGUGAUCCGUCUACAUCACGUAUUUCUCGAUUCUGCUUUAGGAAUACUGCACAACCAGUGGCCGGUUUCCAGGUCACAUAUAGCUCCAAACUAGGUGGGGUUGAAGUACACCAGGAGACGCCUGUUCGGGGGACAGAGGCCGGCAAUCGAGACGCUUGGACACUAGCUGAGGAUGAACACAUUACACAAGUGAAAAGCAAACGGGUCCAUAAUGUAGUAUACCAAUUGGAGUUUACGACAAACAAAGGAAACACGAAGAAGUUCGGGCAAGAUGCCGGCACAUUGGUUACGUUCGAUCCCCCACAGAAAGAUAUGGUAUUAUACUUCUUCCUAGGAAACAGUGGUGCAUAUAUUCAGUCGCUGAUUUUGGCCUGGGGAACUCCACCGGUAUAA